CUGGACGAGUUCUACAUCGGGCAGAUCCCGCUCAAGGAGGUGACGUUCGCGCGGCUCAACGACAACGUCCGCGAGCCCUUCCUGGCCGAGAUGUGCCGCAAAUACGGCGACGUGGAGGAGAUCGAGAUCCUCUACAACCCGCGCACGCGCAAGCACCUGGGGCUGGCCAAGGUCCUCUUCAGCAGCACGCGCGGCGCCAAGGAGACCGUCAAGCACCUGCACAACACGUCGGUCAUGGGGAACAUCAUCCACGCGCAGCUGGACAUCAAGGGGCAGCAGCGCAUGAAGUACUACGAGCUGAUCGUCAACGGGAGCUGCACCCCCCAGACCGUCCCCACCGGCGCCAAGGCCGGGGACAAGGGGACGAGCGGCGGCGCCGCCGGCGACACG